AUGGUAAAGAAAAAGUCUGAUGUUUACUCAGUUGAGAUCAAUGGAAUAAAAGAUCUGGAAAAAACAGAGACUGGAGAUGAAGAGGAGAAGUACAAAGACCUGAAAGGCAACAAGAAGAAAAAGAAUGAAGACCUUAAGAAAGAACUGGACCUGGAUGACCACAAACUCAGCGCUUCAGAACUGGAAGAAAAGUACGGCACGAGCAUCAACAAAGGUCUCUCUAGUUCAAGAGCAGCAGAGAUUUUGGCUCGUGAUGGUCCCAACUCACUCACUCCUCCCAAAGCCACUCCUGAAAUUGUUAAGUUCCUCAAGCAGAUGGUGGGAGGGUUUUCCAUCCUUUUAUGGAUAGGAGCUGUCUUCUCCUGGAUUUCAUUUGGCAUUCAGUUUGCCCAGGGAGCUGAAUCACCCUUUGACAAUCUCUACCUUGGUGUAGUCCUCGCACUGGUUGUCAUCCUCACUGGUAUCUUCGCUUACUAUCAAGAAGCUAAAAGUACAAACAUCAUGGCCAGCUUCAGUAAAAUGAUUCCACAGCAAGCUCUUGUCAUCAGAGAUGCGGAGAAGAAGGAACUGCCAGCAGAGCAGCUGGUGGUUGGAGACAUCGUGGAAAUAAAGGGUGGAGACAGGAUCCCAGCGGACAUUCGCCUGAUCUCUGCUCAGGGGUGUAAGGUGGACAAUUCUUCACUCACAGGGGAAUCAGAACCACAGUCCCGCUCUUGUGACUUCACCCACGAGAACCCUUUGGAGACCAAGAACAUUGCGUUCUACUCCACCACCUGUGUGGAAGGCACUGCUACUGGCAUUGUAAUCAACACCGGGGAUCGCACUGUCAUUGGGCGGAUUGCUUCGCUCGCAUCGGGAGUAGGAAAUGAGAAAACACCCAUUGCUAUCGAGAUAGAGCAUUUUGUCUACCUGGUGGCAGGAGUGGCCAUUUCCAUUGGUGUCCUCUUCUUCAUUAUUUCUGUUUCAAUGCGAUACAAGAUUCUGGACUCCAUCAUCUUUCUCAUUGGCAUCAUUGUGGCAAAUGUGCCAGAGGGACUGCUAGCUACAGUAACAGUGAGUCUGUCCCUGACGGCCAAGAGGAUGGCGAAGAAGAACUGUUUGGUGAAGAACUUGGAAGCUGUGGAAACACUUGGCUCUACUUCCAUCAUCUGCUCUGACAAGACAGGGACCCUCACACAAAACAGGAUGACUGUUGCUCACCUCUGGUUUGAUAAUCAGAUCUACUCAGCUGAUACCAGUGAAGAUCAAACAACUCAGCCUUUUGAUCAAAGUUCUCCAUCAUGGACAGCAUUAUCAAAAAUUGUAACUCUCUGCAACCGGGCAGAAUUCAGACCAGGACAGGAAAAUCUCCCAAUAAUGAAGAGAGUUGUGGUAGGUGAUGCCUCUGAAACAGCUCUGCUGAAAUUUGCAGAAGUCAUUUUGGGUGACGUCAUGAGUAUUAGAGCACAAAACAAGAAAGUGGCUGAAAUUCCUUUCAACUCCACCAACAAAUUCCAGCUUUCCAUUCAUGAGACUGACGAUCCCAACGACAAACGCUUUCUGCUGGUGAUGAAAGGUGCCCCAGAGAGGAUUUUAGAAAGAUGUAGCACCAUCAUGAUCAAUGGCAAAGAAGAACCACUGGACAGUGAAAAAGCAGAAGCUUUCCAAACAGCAUACAUGGAGCUGGGAGGCAUGGGAGAGAGAGUACUGGGUUUCUGUCAUCUGUACCUGCCUGAAAAUGAGUUUCCAGACACGUACCCAUUUGACACAGAUUCCAUGAACUUCCCCACCUCCAACCUGUGCUUUGUUGGGCUCUUAUCUAUGAUUGACCCACCUCGUUCCACAGUGCCAGAUGCUGUCUCAAAAUGCCGCAGUGCUGGAAUCAAGGUUAUCAUGGUCACUGGCGAUCACCCAAUCACUGCUAAGGCCAUUGCCAAGAGUGUAGGCAUCAUUUCAGCCACCAGCGAGACCGUGGAAGAUAUUGCUAAGCGCCUCAAUAUUCCUGUUGAGCAAGUCAAUAGACGGGAAGCCACGGCAGCAGUAGUCAAUGGGAUGGAGCUGAAGGACAUGAGCUUGCAGCAGCUGGAUGACAUUUUGUGUAACCAUUCAGAGAUAGUCUUUGCUCGGACAUCGCCCCAGCAGAAACUGAUCAUAGUGGAAGGCUGUCAAAGACAGGGAGCAGUUGUUGCCGUGACUGGAGACGGAGUCAAUGACUCCCCUGCUCUUAAAAAAGCAGAUAUUGGAAUUGCUAUGGGUAUUGCUGGUUCUGACGCAGCUAAAAAUGCAGCUGACAUGGUACUGCUGGAUGAUAACUUUGCUUCUAUUGUCACAGGAGUGGAGGAAGGCCGCCUGAUCUUUGACAACCUAAAGAAAACAAUUGCCUACACCCUGACUAAGAACAUUGCUGAGCUCUGUCCCUUUCUCAUCUACAUUAUUGCCAGCAUUCCCAUGCCCAUUGGCACCAUCACCAUCCUAUUCAUUGACUUGGGAACGGACAUUAUCCCCUCUGUUGCACUGGCCUACGAAAAAGCUGAAAGCGACAUUAUGAACAGGAGACCUCGAAACAAAAAGAAAGACAGGCUGGUGAACGAGCAGCUCGCUGUAUACUCCUACCUGCAGAUAGGUAUCAUGCAGUCAGUGGGAGCCUUUGUAACCUACUUCACAGUCUAUGCUGAACAAGGUUUCCUCCCUUCCACACUGCUUGGUGUGCGAGUCGACUGGGAAAACAAUGCCAUUAAUGACUUCGAGGACUCGUAUGGACAGGAAUGGACUAAAUACCAGAGGAUGUACCUGCAGUGGACUGGCUAUACUGCCUUCUUUGUCAGCAUCACAAUUCAGCAAGUUGCAGAUUUGAUCAUCAGGAAAACACGAAGAAAUUCCAUUUUCCAGCAGGGUCUUUUCAGGAACAAAGUCAUCUGGGUGGGUAUAUUCUCCCAGAUAGGAAUUGCUCUGAUUCUCUCCUAUGGUCUUGGACAUGUUACAGCCCUGAACUUCAUUCCUCUGAGGUUUCAGUACUGGUUUGUGGCUGUACCAUUUGCCAUCUUGAUAUGGGUCUAUGAUGAAGUCCGCAAGCUGUUUAUCAGGAGAUACCCAGGAAGCUGGUGGGACAAGAACAUGUAUUAUUGA